AUGGAGCCCUUCCUCAGGAAGCGGCUGACCUUCCUGUCCUUAUGGGAUAAGAUCUGGCGGGUGGGUGUGCUGGAUGACUGUGUGCUCCGGACCCCAGAUGCCGAGCCCGAGGAGACUGAGUCCCCCGGUGCUGAGCCCAGCGGCCCCUUGGUGCCCCCUGAGCAGCUCUUCAUGGCACUGUGCGACUUCACGGCAUGGUGUGCGACCGAACUGAGCAUCAGCCGUGGGGACCGGCUCUUCACCCUCAAGGAGGAGGACGACUACAUCCUUGCUCGCAGGCUCUUGGGGCAGCCCAGUGCUGGGCUCGUGUCCCGCACCCACGUCACCAGGGCCACACCAGAUGUGCUCUCAGACCAACCCUGGUACUUCAGAGGGAUCAGCAGGACGGAGGCCCAGCAGCUGCUCCUUUCGCCCACCAAUGUGCCAGGGGCCUUCCUCAUCAGGCCCAGUGAGAGCAGCCAGGGGGAUUACUCGCUGUCAGUCUGGGCCCAGGCCAGGGUCUGCCACUACCGCAUCUCCAGGGCAGCCAAGGGCCGCCUCUACCUGCAGAAGGGCCGGCUCUUCCCCAUCCUGGAGGAACUGCUCAUCUACUACAAGACCAACUGGAAGCUGAUCCAGAACCCGCUGCUGCAGUCCUGCACGUCCCAGAAGGCCCCAGAGCAGGACGAGUGGGAGCGGCCGCGCGCCGAGUUCGCCCUGCGGAGGAAGCUGGGCAAAGGCUACUUCGGGGAGGUGUGGGAAGGCCUGUGGCUGGGCUCUGUGCCAGUGGCGAUCAGGAUCAUCAAAUCAGCCGACAUGAAGCUCGCAGACCUCACCAAGGAGACCCAGACCCUCAAGAGCCUCAGGCAAGAGCGGCUCAUCCGGCUGCAUGCUGUGUGCUCCGCGGGGGAGCCUGUGUACAUCGUCAGCGAGCUCAUGCGCAAGGGCAACCUGCAGGCCUACCUGGGCGGUGAGUGGUCCCGCCGCCCGGCGCUGCCCCUGACCCGGCUUCCCGUCGCACUGCCCCCCGCCCCCCUCCACUCCCUCACCUCUCAUGCCUCUGCCGCGCACCGAGACCUGGCUGCCAGAAAUGUGCAAGUGGGUGACGACCUUUCCUGCAAGGUGGCGGACUUUGGCCUGGCCCGGCUUCUCAAGGACAACAUCUCCUCACCCAGCAGUGGCACCAAGAUCCCUGUCAGGUGGACAGCGCCCGAGGCUGCCAACUACAGUGUCUACACCCAGAAGUCAGACGUCUGUUCCUGUGGCGUCCUGCUGUUCAAGGUCUUCACCUAUGGCCAAUGUCCCUACGAAGGAACGACCAACCACGAGACGCUGCAGCAGAUCUCCAGAGGAUAGUGGCUGCCUCGCCUGGCCACCUGCCCGGCAGAGGUGUAUGUGCUCAUGCUGGAGUGCUGGAAGGCCAGCCCUGAGGAGCGGCCGGCCUUUGCGGAGCUGCAGGAGAAGCUGGGCGCUGGCUACAGAUGCCUCCACCUGGCUGUCAUGUGA